GUGUGCUGAUCACAUGCAACCUCAGUCUCAUCUUCACGCGAGCCGCAGUGAGUGACAGUGAUGUUCUCCACUCCGCUGUGUUUCACUAUGAUGGACAAAUGUGGCCAAUAACUCAACAGCAUUUAGAGAAAUGAUGCAUGAAUCCAGUGCCACACAGAGCAUUAUGACAACCAUGAAUCAGUCUGUGAUCAUGCCCUGCGAAGUGCCAUACAUGGAGGACCGGAUUCCUCUACUGGUGCUUUACAUCAUGGUUUUUAUCAUCGGUCUGCCUGCCAACCUGGUCACCGUCUACCUCACCUUCCACCAAGUGUGUCGAAAGAACUUUCUUGGGAUCUACCUGCUAAGCCUAUCCGUGUGUGAUCUCACCUACCUGUUUACGCUGCCAGUGUGGGCUGUGUACGUCAACGAAAACCACGUAUGGCCCUGGAGCUCUAUGGCUUGCAAAGUGACCGGCUUUGUUUUUUUCAACAACAUGUACAUUAGCAUAUUUCUGCUUUGCUGUAUUUCCAUCGACCGCUACGUGGCGGUGGUCCACGCUAUCGAAUCCCGGGGCCUUCGCCAUAAAAGGGUCGCUGCUCUCAUAGUGUUUUCCGUCUACCUGGUGGUGGGCUUGGGUCACCUGCCUGUCUUCAUGAUGCGGGAGGGCGAUGCCGCCGAGGGCAGUCGCCGCUGCUUUGAGCCGGGCCAGAACACAGCGACGGUAACAGGAUUCAACUAUGCCCGCUUCUGCAUUGGUUUUUGCGGUCCUCUGGCUAUCCUGAUCUUCACCAACAGGGCUAUUCUUACCAACGUGCAGGCCAGCACCGGACUCCAGCCCCAUCAGAAAGUGAAAGUUCGCUAUCUGGCUGUGGCGGUCGUGGCGCUGUUUUUGAUUUGUUUUGCUCCUUAUCACAUUAUAUUGCUUAUACGUGCUGUUACCUACCACUUCCCAGAGCUGCAGAAGGAGUGCCACUUUGAGCAUCAUGUUUACACGCCCUAUCAAAUCUCUUUGGGUUUGUCUACCGUUAACAGCGCUAUUAACCCCUUUCUCUACGUCCUCUCGAGUAAUAACAUCCACGAGGAGGUAAGAAAAAGCAUGGCAGAGAUGUGUAGCAAAAUUACCUUGAUUCCACCCUCAACACACAGUAGCCAACAUAACAUGCACAGUUCCAAAAGCAAUUCUGGACCUGCUCUUACAAAGGAGGAUGAAAUGAGGACAGCUUCUCCUGUUUCAGGCUAAAAUCGUAAAUGGAUUUAUAGUCAUUUUUUCACUUGGACUAGUUGAGGAAGAUAUCAAGGUUGUACAGUAGCACUUCAUGAGGCAACUGGAAAUGAGACAAUAAUCUUACAUCACUGUGGUAUUUCACUCCUCAUUUUCGACUUCCAUUUAAAAGUUGUCUCAACAGUUUGUGUGACAGAUACCUUACAUUUGACUCCUGCACUCAUCCUUUUGUCCUUUGGAAAUUCUAUUGACUUUGUAAUUCACACAAAUACAAAUAAAUGCAUAAUACAAAUUUAUAAAUAACAGGUUUUUAAUUUUUAAUAUUUUUAAAUUGUUGACUGGAUAUUUUUAUAGGGGCCCAAAAAAAAUCUGGUGAGGGAAUUCUCCCAUAGCACCCCACCACGACCCGUUUUGUAGUUUCCUCUGACGAAGACUCCCACUUAAAGAGAAUUGGGCCAUGCCACUGAAAUGUCAUGUAGCUGCAGUUGGUUUCAUACUCGGAAUAGAUGGUUAUAUUAUUUUGGUUAGUCAACGUAUAUUUAGAAAAAAACAAAAAAAAUUAAUAGUAAACUUGUGAGACUUUCUGUCCAUCUAAAGGGGUACAAGUGUCAAUCACUGUAGUAGGGUAUGUUUUCAGUGUGUGAAUUGAUUUAUUGAAAAUGUUUAAUGCACAAAAAUGUUUUUUACUGUAAAUAUUAUUUAUUUAUGUUGAGAAGCAUUAGACAGUUCUUAGACAGCAUUAUGUUGAUGUUUCUAAACUUUUUGAACAUUUUAAUAAGUCUGAAAUCUUGAUUUCAAAUGUAACAUAUUAUAACCCAAAAAACAGUUUUAUAUAUUAUAUUAGUCUCUCAUAAUGUGGCACACUUACCACUUUUUUAAAUAACUAAAUAAAAUUGAAAAAUCACAACUUUGAUACAGUAUAUUCAUAUGAUUCACACACAUGCAAAAGAUAAUCACUGAAUAUUAUCUCUGUGUUGACCUCUUUUUUGGUUACGGAAUUUAUGACACGUUUUCAUAAAACAAAGCUUUUGUGGUCAAUGCACCAGUAGUCUAUAGACAGCAUCCUGCCUUUGACAUGCUUAUCGUGCGCAAAAAUGUGUUUGUGUGUCUGUCAUGCCGAAUCUUCAAAAGCUAGACAACCACAUAGUCAUCCUGUAUGUCUGCUUUCUCCUUCCAUCAUAAAUGUCUAGAAUAAUUAACCCUAUACCGAGAUGGGUUUCUAAUUGGUUCCUCAAUGAAUCUUUAAGUAGCCAGCAGCUGUCCUCAGCCAAUAGAAAACAAUUACCCCAGCUGUACCUGCCAUUGUUGGAAGGCACUGGGCAUCUGUCUGAGAUGUGUGGGGUUUUUUUUUGUAAAUAUAUAUAACAACAACAAACUGCCCUGGCAUAUAUUUUGGUUAUUUGUGCAUUAGAUAUAACUAGUUGCCUUUAUUUAAAACGGGAAGAUUAAACAAAAUGUCCCCAAAUGACCAUGGCACUGGCUAUGUAGUUUUGGCUAUAAAUGGCUAUAAACUGUAGUUGUGUUCAGUAUGUGAGUGGGUAUUUCAUGUGGUAUCUUUAAACUAAAUCUUUCCUUCUGCUGUAGUGUGCUAUCUCUCUUAAUGUUUCAAGACAUGUGAAUUAUUAAUGAUUAAACAAAGGGAGGCACAAAGUAUGUACUGUAUACCAUCAUUCUCUUUUUAUAUCUAUUGAUAUUUAUU